GAUUAACUUUUCAGAGGAAUCUGAACUAUGGAUAUUUUAACAUCUCAUCACUUUGACAUCUAAAUUUAAAAGUGAAAAUCUAUUUCCCCCCGGGCCCUUCCCAAUAUCAACAUGGCCAAGCGUGACAUCCUGCCCAUCUUCCCAUCGCGGGCCAACUCCGUGGUCAUGAAACAACGCGUCCUGGCGGCCAGGAGAGGUGUGGGUCUGCUCAAGCGGAAGCGGGAUGCCAUCGACAUGAAGCUACGCGAACUAAAGCGGUUUAUGAAUGAAAAGGACGAAGAGGUUGAUGAGGCAAUGCGGGAGGCGAUCUUUUCAAUGGCCAAGGCCCAUAUCCUGGGCGCCGAUUUUAGGCCGCAAAUAGUGAGCAGCAGCAAGGCGGAUACUCUAAAUAUACGUCGAACUCAGACCAAGAUCGUGGGUGUCACACUCAACUGCCUGGAGCUGGAGGUGAAAAGUGGCGGCGGCACAGGAUUUCCACUUGCCGGACUCAGCGUGGGUGGAUCCCAAGUCAACCGGAUCAGGGAAAAAUUUACCAAGGCACUCGCCGAAUUGGUAGCAUGUGCCUCCAUUAUUGUCCAGGUGCGGAUGCUGGAAGCGGCCUCGCUGCAGACCAACAUGCGAGUCAACGCCCUGGAACAUGUGGUAAUACCAAUUCUGCAAAAUACCUCCACUUAUAUAACCGGUGAGCUAGAGGAGUUCGAAAGGGAAGAUUUUUAUCGCCUCAAGCGAUCCCAGGCCAAGCAGCUGGAGGCCAAACUGGCCUUCUCCGAGCUGAUUAAAACCAAGAACAUGAACUUCGAUGAGCUGGCCUUUUAUUCAACAAGAGCUACGGUCAUAAUACUGCCCAAGGCCGAUGUCCACUUCGAUGCCGAAGAGUUUGAGACGGAAAAGGUCAAGGAGAGGAUGCGGGAGGCCCGCCUAUCUUCAAGCCUAACUAAUCAGCAACCCAACAACAAUUUUGCCAUCUCGCGCAGCACUUUGACUGGGAUUCAACGGAGUCGUGACCCAUCUAUGGGCAACGUUGAUCUAUAUAGUACCAAGCGCCUGAUCCUCGAGGAUUCUCGGAGAUCCAGUGUGGUAAGCAGGGAGGCCUUCUUGAAGAGGGUCAGUCUCAUUGCAAAACGAUCUGAAGAAAAUGAAGGUGCCAAAUUGCCUGCUAAAAAAUAAACCAAUUAAUUUAAAAUUGGCAUAAUAACAACAUAAAUAACACUUGUUUUAAAUAAAACAAGAAAAAAAAAUUUUUGUACUUUGGCAAAUAUACACAUCUAAAAAUCCAAAAGAUAAUCGUUUCGAAAUUUGUCAGAAAAUUUCAAAUAAAUGCAACAUAUCGGUCUUGUUUUCA